UAUUUAAUUAGGAGUCAUUUGUUAAAAAAAUCUCAUUUGCUUUGUUAGACAACCUCUUUGUAUAUCAGUCCAAUUUUUCGAUUAUCACCGAGCAACUCACCUGCAAAAUGAUCCGAUUCAUACUCCUUCAAAACAGGCAAGGCAAAACUCGUCUUGCAAAAUAUUACAUUCCACUUGAAGAAUCUGAAAAACAUAAAGUGGAAUAUGAGGUUCAUAGAUUGGUGGUAAAUAGAGAUCCAAAGUUUACUAAUUUUGUUGAGUUCCGGACACAUAAGGUUAUUUACAGAAGAUAUGCUGGACUAUUCUUUUCUCUUUGUGUUGAUAUAACAGAUAAUGAGCUAGCAUAUCUCGAGUGCAUCCAUCUAUUUGUAGAAAUAUUGGAUCACUUUUUCAGCAAUGUGUGUGAGCUUGAUCUGGUAUUCAACUUUCAUAAGGUGUAUCUGAUACUAGAUGAGUUCAUUCUUGCUGGGGAACUCCAAGAAACAAGCAAGAGGGCAAUUAUAGAGAGAAUGGGUGAAUUGGAAAAGCAAGAAUGAAGUGUGAUUUCUUUGAAAAUGGUGGUGUGCUCAUAAGCUUCGAGUUUCUUUGAUCACUUUUUCUGGAGAUUGAACAUGUAUUUAUGUUCUUAAUCUUGUUUGUGGUUCUCAGUUCUCAUUUAUCUAAUGUCAUUCUAAUGUUCUAAUGUAAGUCAGUGAAUUGAGAAGUUUACUGCCACAAAAUGAUUUUUGUUAUUCAGAGUUGGGAUGAAUUUAUUCGAGUGGUAGUUGGCUA